AUGGAUAAGACCCAUCUUUCGAGCACUAAUGACAUCAUAAUGACAAGCUCCACAGGCUCCUACCAGCAAGAACCCCUGACACCACCCAGAUCCGCCCAUCUCCACUCCUCAUCCUCCUCUUUAUCUUCUCCCUCGCCGUCCUCAUCCUCCCCACCCAUGAAGCCUAACCAAGUUGGCCAGGUCAUCCUGUAUGGCGUUCCCAUCGUAUCGCUGGUUAUCGAUCACAACGAGAGACUAUGCCUGGCUCAGAUUUCCAACACACUCCUGAAGAACUAUAGUUAUAAUGAGAUUCACAAUCGGCGCGUGGCGCUGGGCAUCACCUGCGUCCAGUGCACUCCGGUUCAGUUGGAGAUCCUCCGUCGGGCCGGCGCCAUGCCCAUCUCAUCGCGGCGUUGUGGUAUGAUCACCAAGCGUGAAGCCGAGCGCCUCUGCAAGUCCUUCCUGGGAGAGAACGCACCGCCGAAACUGCCCGACAACUUCUCCUUCGAUGUGACACAUGAGUGUGCCUGGGGUAGCCGAGGUAACUUCAUCCCGGCACGCUACAACAGCUCCAGGGCAAAAUGCAUCAAGUGCUCCCUUUGCAACAUGUACUUCUCCCCGAAUAAGUUCAUUUUCCAUUCCCACCGCACGCCGGAAGCCAAGUACACCCAGCCCGACGCCGCCAACUUCAACUCCUGGCGUCGACACCUCAAACUCUCUGACAAAAUCCCAGCUGAUGAGUUAAUCUUCGCAUGGGAAGACGUCAAAGCUAUGUUCAACGGAGGGAGCCGGAAAAGAGCGCUGCCGUCUUCGUCCCAUUGUUCCUCCAUGGGGCCCAUGAAGAAUCUCGCAGGUUCCGUUCACAUGAUGGGGUCUGACCUGGGUGCUCAGAAGAGAUCCCGCUUUGACGACGAUGAUGAUCUGGAUGGAGGCAAUUUGUCUCCCCGUAAGACCUCACGUAGCUACCCUGUCAUCCCAGUCCCGAGCAAAGGCUUCGGCAUGCUGCAGAAGUUCCCUCCCACGUCGCUCUUCCCUUCGCCUUACCCCUUCCCAGCAUUUGGUCUCUGCCAGCAGAAAAAAGAUGACAGUGAUGUUUCAGGUGUGCAGAAAGGAUCAGGGUUGUCAGGUCUGUUAUGGCCCGGCCGCAAAGACACUUUUUAUCCUCCUUUCUGCAUGUUUUGGCCACCAAGAGCGGCGGGAGGAAUCCCUGUCCCUACUUACCUCCAGCCUCAGCCCAGCGCCCUCUCCUCCCUGGCAGACAACCCCUCUCUCAGGCAGGCCUUUUUGGAUCUCUCAGACCACAGCGAACCUGGAGUAGUUGGCAACGGAAAUAGUGUCAGUGCAACCAUGGCCCCCGGGACUGCCACAGCCAGACCCGGGCUGUUUGACCCAGAGUGUACAACAGUAACCCCUGACCUCCGCCCUGUGACCUCAGAAGGCUGGCUCAAACUUCUGGACACCCCAGCCCUCCAAAGCAGGAAGCCCAGCUACGGCUCAGCCUUCAGGCCCGUCAUUAAGGACGCCGAGAGCAUCGCUAAGCUCCACAGCAACGGGGGAACAGAUGAGGACUUUGUAGUGGCCAGGUCUGAACGCCACCAGCGGCUUUCGCCCAGCAGCAGCUGUAGUUACGGAAGUGAAAGUGGAGGCGAUGUAGAGGCGGAGGGAGUGGAGAGUGAGGAGGAGGGGGAAGUGGAUGUGGAGUCGUCAAAGCAGGAAGACGAGGAGGAGGAAGGGGGCUUCACAAGCAGGCUGCCACAGACUCAAACCAACCUGUACCACCCUGCGCUAAGCGACAGCCAUGGAGAGGAGAGGGGGAAGGAGAGAGGGAGUGGCGCUGUGUACACCAGCACCUCCCCUCCCUCCUCCUCAGACCCCAUUCGGCAGGGGUCCCCCAGCCUGCCAGCAUCCCCUUCAGCCAGCCUGCCUCUCUCCGGCUCCACCCCGCCUCACCGAGAGGACCCUGCUUACAAAAACGUCCACAAAAAUAGAGAUGAAGGACUACCUGUGUACGCGACCAAAGACAACUCCAGCAUUUCUGAUGAAAACAAAGAGCAGAGUAGUUUCUUUGUACCAGAGAGUGAGACAGCAGCGCCCGACUACUGGAGGGAAAGUUCAGGUGAUCAAAGCCGAGGUUCUGCCUCUCCUGUGGUGCAAAAGAAGGACGUGGAGAACAUGGAGAAAGAGGAGCUCCAGAAGGUUCUGCUGGAGCAGAUCGACUUCAGGAGGAGACUAGAGCAAGAGUUUCACGCUCUGAAGGGCACCUCACCAUUUCCUGUCUUCCAUAAUUUCCAAGACCAGAUGAAAAGAGAGCUCGCCUACAGAGAAGAGAUGGUCCAACAGUUACAGAUGAUUCCCUACGCAAACAUCAUCAGAAAAGAAAAGAUCAGCUCCCAUCUCAACAAAUAGCUAAAAGGCAGAAUCCCCAAUGAGAGGAAGACUGCCUGGAUUUCUGUGAAUGUCCCAAGAAGAAAAAAAACAGAGAAAUAUACGGGAGAGACCCAAACAGAAUACGACUGAAUAUAUUAUAUAAAUACAUUUCUUAAGUUCU